AUGCUGUCUCGUCGUGGUUCUUCUGACAUGGAGUCACUGAAUAUUGCAGAGAAGACUUUAAAUAGUUUAAACUCUAGUGAUGAUGAAGGUGGUCCUAUACAAAGAACGAAGAAACGAAUACAGAAUUUCUCUGAUAGUGAUACAGAGAAAGAAAACUUAGAAGUAAAUAUCCAAGAUGGUAUCCAACCUAGUGAGAGUGAUAGUGAAUCAGAGACUGUUCCUAUUAAAAGCGGCAAAAUCAAAUCUAGGAUUCACAUGGAUAUUUCUUCUGAUUCUGACACAUCAAACAAACAUGGAAGUGUAAAGAAUGAGGGACAACAAAUAAGGAUGAAAAAUAAGAGGAAUAAGUUGAAGGAUAAGUUCAAGAGCCUGUUGAAUUCUAGAGAGAAACAUACACUACAAGAAAAUAGUAGUAAUGAAUCAGAGGGCAGUCACAAUGCAGUGUCAGAUGCUUCUGAUGAGGAGAUGUCAUCUAUUUCAAAAAUAAAACAGAAAAUUAAAAAGAGCAUGGCAACUGUGUCUUCAAUUUGUGACCCAGACACAUCAGAUGAAGAGGCCACAACAAAUGCGAAACCAAAACAGAAGCCCAAGAAACAGAAAUCUACAAAACUAAUUGAACCCAAGCCAGUUAGAAUGUCAGCUAAACAAGCAAUGGAGAAUAUGCAAUUAAUUAAAAGUGAGUCAAAUCGCAUGCUGCGAGAGAAGGCAGUAUCAUUGCCGUACCACAGACCUAAAGCCCUGUCCCUCAAAGAUAUUAUGUCCAGAAGGAAGCCUGCGGUAGCAUCUGAUGGAAAAGCUCUACCUAUUAAAAUGAAUGAAGAGCAGUUGAAACAUUAUGCAUCAUUAUUAGAACAGAGACAGAAGGAAAUGAUGGAAUUAUGCAAAAGUGAGUCUGAUGAAGAGACUCCUGAUACUGAAGAAAAAAGUAAAAAUACUGAGCAGGAAACCGAGAAACCAUCUGAUAUUGCUAAACCAGAAGAUGAAAUACCCACUGAGAAGUGUGAUACAAAUGUUUUAGUACAAAAUCUAGACAAUGAUUUGCCCGCUGUCAUGAAUGAUAAUAUAGACGCUGAGAAAAUAGUAGAGGAAAUUGCGACGAACAUAAUUUCACCUGAAGGCGAUGCCGAAGGUGGUACCGCAAAUAAUGACCAUGAUAAUGAAAAUACAAAUGAGCCAAAUGAUGAACAAAAUAGUUCUGUCAAAGAUGAUUCCAAUACAGAUUUCAAAUUGGUUUACAAUGAUUCUGUAGAAGAAGAACAAAUAAAGCUAGAUGAGAAAGAGAGUACAGACAUUACUAAUAAAGAGGCUACUGAUCAAGUCAAUGUACCUGAAAAUAAUGUAGAAAAUUAUAAUGAUUCUGAGCUACAAACUAAAGGGAAUACUGAGGAAGAGAGUCAAUUGAUAUCCUUACAUUACACUGAAAACAAUACAGAACAAAUAGACGAAAAUAUGGAAAAACCUGAAGCCGAUGUUGUUACUGAAUCUAAAGAUAAUGAUGGUUAUGAACAAAGUAAUGAAGUGGUAAAUGAAGAUUUCUUCUCAGAUGAUGAUGUUAAUAUGGAAGAUAUCGAUAAACUCAUUGAAAAUGCUGAAAUUUUAAGAGAUGAUGACAAUAUUAGUUAUCCAAUGCUUGUAAAAGAUCCACCCAAUUUAAAUGCUAAACCUAAAUUGACUGGUGCUCCUGGCAUGGUUAUUGACUUGGAUGGUGGUUCUGUUAUGUCCAAGAAGACUGGUGUUGAACUGCUAAAAGAGAGAUUUACAUACUUUGCGAAGUUAAAAACUCCCGAGGAACUUGAAAGAGAGAAGGAAAAGAGGAUAAAACCAGGUGCUCAACAUUUGAAAUUGAAACAAGAGCUUGAGGAACAAAUAGCAGAACAAAGAUCCCUUGAAUGGGCCAAACGUUUAGAAGAGGAGAAACAACAGCAUAUGGAAAUGGACACCAUCUUAGAUGAUGCUGAUGCUGACGACAGUAUUGAGAAAAUUGAAGAGAAAUUAGAGGAGACUGAGGCAGAGAAAGAGGGAGAAAUUUCAGAAAGUGAAGAAGAGGAAGAAUUGGAAGAAAAUGACAUUGAAAUGAAAGAUAAACCCAGAAAACAUAACCCAAUGGUUGAUGAGGAAGCAGAGGAAUCGGAUUGUGAUGAAGAAGAUGAAGGCAUUGCAAAGGAUGAUGAAAAUAAUGAUGAAGUUGAUGAUGAUGGUGGACAAGAGGAUGAUGGAGAUGAUGAGUCCAGUGAAGAAGAGUCCUCGGAGUCUGAAGAAGAAGAAGAAACGAGUAAGCCUAGGAAAGGAAGGAUAUUAAAAGCAUUUGAGGAUUCUGAUGAUGAAGACGUGACAAUUAAGGAAAAGGAAACAAAAGAAUCAGUUUCUGACACUGAAAAAGUUGUGGAAUCAAAAAUAAAUGAUGAUCAAGCAUUAGUGGAAACAAAUAAUGCUGAUGGAGUUGCAGAAACAAAUAAUACUGAUUUGGCUGAAACUCCUAUUGAAGGUGGAAGUUCAUCACAAGAUGACGUCAUUCAACUCGCUCAGAGACACCAAUCCGUAUCAGAUGAUGUUUUUACAAGUCAAGAGAGCACUCUCAUUGACCAGACGAAAGACGGGAAUAAUGUCGGUGACGAAGUCCUUGGCACACAGACAUUUUCAAUCUUAGAGACUACUACAUCUGGAUUACAUUCUCCAAGUAAAUUAAAUAUCGAUGUCGAACUACAAUCUCCUAGCAAAUUAAAUAUUUUGUGCAUGUCUCAGCCUUAUCAUGAUCCAAGUAUAGAUGGUAUUGUGGAGGGCUCACAGCUCCCAAUAUCCCAAACAUCACAGUCACAACCACUUGGCGAAGAUGUAUUAGCUCUAUGUACUGGCAAGUUCUAUGACAAUGAGUUUGUAUCACCAACUGAGGAAAAUCAAUAUGUGGACGACUUCACACAACAAUUAUCCCUAGAUAAAAUUGGUGAUACUCAACUUGAUAAAACCGCGAAUGGAGUACUGAAUAGAGACAAUGAAUUGGGAAUUGAUAAAGAAAGUGCAACUAUAGAAGACCAAAAUAUGAAUAAGGAGGAUUCUCCCAAGCCAGACGAACCCGAUGGAAACCUUCUCAAGUCCAUACUAGAUGAGUUACAUGACCCAGAAUUUGAUAAACCAAAAGAAAACAAAUUCUUCACUGGUGGUACACAAAAGAAAGAUAGUGCCAAAGUUCUAGAAAACACUCAAAUGAAAAAGAAGUUUGUAAUAGAUUCUGAUGAUGAAGCAGCUGAAGCUAAUGUAGACUCUGAACAAGCAAAGAAAAAGAAAUUGAAGAAGAAACGACCAGAAAAGAGGGCACUCCAAAUCUCAGAUGAUGAAGAAGAAGAGGAGGAGAAACAAAUGGAAGAUGAUGAUAUGUCAGACUUAGAAGAAGAUAAUGAGAGAUUAGUGGAAUAUGACUCUGAGGAAAAUGAGAUUGAAGUAAAAAUAGAUAAACCAAAGAAGAAACGUAAAGUGACGGACUUCUUUGAGCAAGAGGCUGAGUUGACGAGUGAAGAUGAAUGGGUGGGGUCUGGUGAUGAGGAUGAGAAAGGUCUGGACAGGAUGGAGAGAGAAGAAGGAGACGACGAGGUUUUCCACCAGGGAAAACUGCGAAAAGAACUGGGACAGAUACAUAUGCGUGAUGUACUGGACCAAGACAAGAGAGAAGUGAGAUUGAUACAAGAGUUGUUGUUCGAAGACGGUGACCUCGGCGAUGGUCAUCGCCAGAGGAAAUUCAGAUGGAGAAAUGCAGGUGAUGAUGAUGAUGCUGGUACGGUACCAGACGAAUUUGCCGAUACGCAAGAGGAAGAGUUUGAGUCGGAGGAACAAUGGAGGAAACAGAGGCAUGAACGUGAAGUUUAUUUGAGGCAAAUGCAACAACAAGAGGAAGAAAGCUCCCUAAACGUCAGUGUGAACAGAACGACGAUAAUUAAAGCCAAUCUCUUGUCAAAGUCCAUGUCCACUCUGCUUCAAGAAGUCAAUCAGACGAAAACAGAAGCUACCGAGGUCACCGUCGUUCAAGAAAAGAAGACUGCUAAAGAUAUACCUAGUCCAAAGAAAUCUUAUUCUAUUUUCCAGCAAAGUUACCAUGGAUCAUUACUAACGCGUGGUCAAGGAGCUCUCGCACGACUAGCAGCGCUGGCAACGCCUUUAGCUACAGAUGAUGACUCUCCAAAAAUAGGAUCGCUAGCAACACAUAAGCGAAACUUUGUCUUUACUUCUAUAACCCCCGGCGAAGAUGAUGUACCAAAGGUAACAAUAAAAAGGAAAGCUGACGCACCACAAGGCACACCGAAGUUAAUGAAGAAACUGAAAAUUGAAGAGAAAACUGUUCAUACCAAGAGUAGUCUAUUAGAUCAUUUGAAGCUAUAG